CCAAAGAAAUAUAUAUCGAUAGUUGUAAAUACAACUCAUCUGCAUUAGCAGCGAAUGCGACGUGCAGAAAGUCAUCCACCAUCUGCCGAAUUACAAUUUUAUAAAUUUUUAUAAAAUUCCUACAAUGAGUGAAGAGUUUAAACUGCCAAAACGGUCGCGUAAGCGUACGCGUGAUGUAAAGCGGAAAGCACGACCUGAACUCGAUGGAGAUAACGCGUGGAUAGCAAUGCGUUAUUUUGAGAAGUUCGAACCAUUUUGGGACUUCGUGGAUAACCUGGAAAGAAUAGACAAUGAAACUGUAACAUGUGAUGAAUUCAUUGAACGGUUCGAACGCCCAUAUCUGCCGGUAAUAAUAACUGGCUGCGCUGACGGCUGGCUGGCGCAGGAAAAAUGGACGCUCUCCCGCCUGGCAAAAAAGUAUCGUAAUCAGAAAUUCAAGUGCGGCGAGGAUAAUGAAGGCUACAGCGUUAAAAUGAAAAUGAAAUAUUAUAUCGAGUAUAUGAAAGGGACGCGUGACGACAGUCCGCUCUACAUAUUCGACAGCAGCUUUGGCGAACAUCAUCGCCGACGCAAGCUGCUCGAGGAUUAUGCGGUGCCUAAAUAUUUUUGUGAUGAUCUCUUCAAGUAUUGCGGCGAGGAGCGCCGUCCGCCAUACCGAUGGUUCGUAAUGGGCCCUUCUCGAUCAGGCACCGGCAUUCAUAUAGAUCCGUUAGGUACUAGUGCAUGGAAUACACUAAUUCGUGGCCACAAGCGCUGGUGUUUGUUUCCAACGCACACGCCCAAGGAUUUGCUUAAGGUGACCAGUGCCAUGGGAGGCAAGCAGCGAGACGAGGCCAUCACCUGGUUUAGCACCAUCUAUCCUCGCACCCAGCUGUCCUCGUGGCCGCAGGAAUACAAACCCAUCGAGGUACUUCAGUGUGCUGGCGAAACGGUAUUUGUGCCUGGUGGAUGGUGGCACGUUGUGCUUAACUUGGACGACACCAUUGCGAUAACGCAGAACUUCUGUAGCUUUACGAACUUUCCUUGUGUGUGGCAUAAGACGGUGCGCGGUCGACCCAAGUUGUCGCGCAAAUGGUUGCGUGUGCUGCGCGAUCAGCGUCCGGAGUUGGCUCAGAUAGCCGAAAGUAUUAAUAUAAAUGAGAGCACUGGCUUUGCCUCCGAUAGUUCAAGCAAUUCAAGUUCAUCCUCCUCGUCCAGCAGUUCCUCAUCUUCUGAGACGGAGGCUGACGCCGACUCAAAUACUGAUAGCGGCCAAGAAAGUCUUACCGCAAAGAAAAAGAAGAAACGGCGGAUGGGCGGGAGCGGAGAUGGCGGCAGUGCCACGGCCUCAUCGCGCUCUUGAUGUCGGCACAAAGCGAAGAGGAAUGGCCUCCUGCUGCGGCUGUUCCAUCGUCAACUGUUUUUCUGUCGUCGUAUGCCACGUUGUCAAGGUCCGUGUGGCCACCCAUCCUGCCGCCACAGCUAGCAGGGAUAAUCCAGACCCUGAUCAGCUCUGCAUGUUUUAGUAAUAUUUUUCUACAUAGUCGAGUAAUUAACGAUGUUGCUGUAAAAUAAAACUUUGAAUUAUCAACGGCUUGGCCCGAUAGCCGCUUAAUAUUAGCUCCAAAUAGUCGAUUUUUUAUUUAAAUGCCAGUUGAUCCGUCAAGGAUAAUUAGCCAACGACUUGAAUGCAACAUAAAUAAAUUCAAUAUAUUU